AAAAAAAACAAACAAAUUUCGAAUAAAUAUCGACUCUUUCUCUCACCAGUCAUCACCCAUUCAUUCUCAGGAGAAGACCAUCCCGCUAAAUUCAAGCGACAGCGAAAAGAAAAAGUUAUAAUUCAAAAUGGCUUCCGCGCUGCGGUUGAGCUGCCAGAGCUUCAACUUUAGCUCCUGGCAGAGUCCGGCGAGAGUUGAUCGGUUUCAGAUUUUGUGCAGCAAUCUACCCCAUUCAGCCGGAGCAGGAGACUCACAAUGUAUAAAGGAGGAAAAUGAAGCGCGAUUCGUUUUGCUGGAGAAAUACGGUAAUGGCACAUCCAAACGAUUUAUUUUAGAAUCUGAUCUGCAAAUUAGAACCAUUCUCGAGGAUGGUUCGGCCCAAACUAAUGUGAUGCAAAACUCGGAUGCUGUGGGAACUGACAUUUACUUGUCUUGGCUUCCGAAAACAAUCAAAGAUUUUAUCCUUCCAGCAGGUUUCCCAGAUUCAGUGUCAGAUGAUUACUUGGAGUACAUAUUGCUCCAGUUCCCAACUAAUGUUACAGGGUGGAUAUGUCAUACACUGGUCACAUCUACUCUUCUAAAGGCUGUUGGAGUAGGCUCAUUUUCAGGAACUACGGCUGCAGCUUCUGCUGCUGCUAUUAGAUGGGUGUCAAAGGAUGGCAUUGGUGCUCUUGGCCGUUUAUUCAUUGGUGGAAGGUUUGGUAACCUUUUUGAUGAUGAUCCAAAACAAUGGCGCUUAUAUGCAGAUUUCGUUGGUAGUGCUGGGAGCAUCUUUGACCUCAGCACCCAGCUCUAUCCUGCAUACUUUUUACCUUUGGCAUCACUAGGAAAUCUUGCCAAGGCGGUAGGGAGAGGUCUGAGAGAUCCUUCAUUCCGCGUGAUCCAAAAUCAUUUUGCAAUCUCUGGAAAUCUGGGAGAAGUAUCAGCCAAGGAGGAAGUGUGGGAAGUGGCUGCUGAGCUGGUUGGCCUUGCUUUAGGCAUACUUGCUCUGGAUACACCUGGUUUUUCAUCUUCGUAUCCUACAUUGACAUUCACGUGGCUUGGAGUGCGGCUUCUUCACCUCUGGUUCCGCUAUCUGUCACUCUCAGUUCUGCGGUUUAACACGAUAAAUCUCAAGCGUGCACGGAUAUUGGUGAACUCGCAUAUUUCAUGGCAAAAGAUUCCUGGAAUCAGUGACUGUAACAAGAUGGAAAAUAUAUUGUUGUGGGAAAGAUUUCUUAAACCAAAAAUCACUUUUGGUGUGCCCUUGGAAGAGAUGAUUAAUGGCAAGAAACCUGGCUCUCUGGUGAAGACACUUCUCAAACUCUACGCAGAGGAGAAAUAUUUUCUUGUGGUGAACCAACUCGGAACAGAAUUUGAGAUCUUUGUCUCGUACAAGGAGGGAGCUACAAGUCUAUCAGUCCUACGAAGUGUGUGGCAAUCCUAUUGGCUCCAUCAAAAUAGGAGUGAAUCAGAUGAUGUCUUGAGCCAACUCGAGCAAAGCUUGAUUGCAUUAAACGAUAGGUUUGAUGAUUUUGUGCUACAACUGGAAAGGACCGGAUGGGAGACUAAUCAGAUAUAUCUCAAGGUGCCUAAGGAAAUUACAAUCCAAGAACAAUCUCCAGCAGCGUCGUCGUCGUCCUCAUAAGCACUAUGGCGGGAGAGGUCGAGAAUCCAAGGAAUUCCAUUCUACUAUCCCACUCCUCCUCGUCACCAGCGCGGUCGAAGUUGAUCAGAGCCUGUGGAAGACCGGAUUCAUGGCCGAUUGUGGGCGCAAUUGGGAAGUGAGCGUCGAGCGCAUGGUGGUGUAGAAUGCGCUCGACUGUUGAUACGGUGGUGGGAGGUGAGGCAGAAAAGAAGGAAUGAAAGCAAAAACGGGUAGAAGAUAAGGGGUGAGGAGACGAGAAGAAAAGGGAAACAAGUAAAGAGAGAGUGUAAGACCUGAAAUGAGUGAUAUGAUAGGAUUUAGGUUUAAAUAUGUAGUUUGAUUAAGUUUUAGUUAUCAUCCAAAAAGAAACAUGUUAUGUGGUACGGUUCCUAAGGAAAACACAAACCAUGAAUAAUGGAAUGCAAUGAGUAAGAUUUAUUUUAUUUUUUGUAAGAAAAA